AUGUACUUGGCUCUAAGUUUAUUUCGUCGAAGGCGUUAUGACAAGUGUAUCGAUGUUUGUAGCAGCAUCCUAGAUAAACAACCUUUAGAUCAGGCAGCAUGGUGUUUAAAAAUGAGAGCUUUAACUCAAAGAGUCUACGUGGAUGAUCUCGAAAGCGAAGAUUUUCCUGAAGAGGAUUUUCUAGAUGAUAGUGUUCUUGCUACGGCACCGAGACCAGGAACGUCUAUGAAAACUGCAAUAGUUCCUUCGACAAGUGCUUUAAAUUCUAGACCACGAACAUCCACAGGAAGGCCAAUAUCAGGUGUAGCAAGACCUGGUACACAGAUGCGUCCAGAGUCAGCACUAGAUCGUGCUAGAACCGCUAGAACAGCAAGACCUGUUACUAACCAAUCAGCCAGAUCUAUCAGGUUAGGAACAGCAGCCAUGUUAUCGCAAGCAGAUGAUCAACCCCUUUCGGCUACUGAUAUUGGAAAAUCUGGUCUGGAGAUUUUCCCAAAUGAUGUAUCUCUGAUGACAGAGCUGGGACGAUUAGCAGAAAAUUUAAACGAUACCAGUGCUUCUGUUAAGUACUAUAGAAAUGUUCUAAUUGAAGACGCAAUAAAUACCGAAGCCGUUGCUUCUGUAGGAAUGUAUCAUUUUUAUAAUAACCAACCUGAGCUGGCGUUAAGAUAUUACAGGAGGGCUCUUGCGAUGGGAGCUCAUUCUUCAGAACUAUAUAAUAAUCUAGGAUUGUGUUGUCUCUAUUCUCAACAGCUAGACUUUACGUUACCCUAUUUCCAACGGGCGGUAGAUUUAGCCACGGAUCCUCAAGCAGCUGGAGAUGUGCAACUGGCCGUUCAGUGUUUAAAUUUAUGCUUAAGUUCGAAUUCCACACAUGCCCCUGCUUUCAACAAUUUGGCAGUCCUCUAUCACAAAAUGGGAAAAAUAAAUCUAGCCAAAGCUUACCUGACAUCUGCUAAAACAUUGGAGCCAGAUUUGAUGGAGGUACAAGUCAAUCUCGAGUUCUUGCAACAAGCGUAA